UUUUUUUCUUUUAGUUUUUCGGUACAAAUACAAAAAUAUCACAACGUCGGUUCUAAGGAAGACAACUCCUCUUCAUAACGUAACUUUCAUUUUGUAAGUUGUACUUUCUAUUUGUCAGAACAAUGAAACCGUGCGCUAAAAAUGGCCGUGAAUGUAUUCAAUGACACUCGAUUUUACAGACUGAACGUAAAGCUUGAUUUAUCAGAAUGCUACAUCGAGGAACCUAAUGAAAGAAGUCCGCCCACUGUGUCCGAAUGGAGCAGACUAGGAGCUGAAUUCUCGUCAUGGGUAAGGAAAAACGUUCUGUAUUCGGAGACUCGGAACAGUGCCACACCACCCAGCGGCUGUACUUCGAUCAGUGACUAUGAUGGCCAAAUUGAUAUUCAUAGUGGACUGGCUCUCUGUUUCGUGUUGGUUGUACUGACAACACUAGUGACACCGAUGAUAAUAGCCAAAAUAUUGGAUUUCUGUGAUAGGAAAGUUGUAAAAACUGAGAAAGCCGAUACACACGAUGAACCAUCUACAGAGGAUCAAACUGUCAUCGUCGGCACGGCUCAGACAUCUGAGACACAGCCCGGUAACGUUCAAUUGUACAACGUCCAGUACCACCCCAGUCAUAACACCCUCGUCACCGGUUGUGAUCUUCCUUCGUUCUUGAAGAGGACAGUUGACUGCCUGUUCCAGGAACUUGACAAACUGCUGAUAGAGAAAAACUCCGGUCAGUCUGACGGACCCCUGCACAGCACUGUGACGUCAUCUGUCCGUCUGCCCCGGCGCCCAGUCCUAAGGACUACGGGGAGACGUAGUAGUUCCCCUUUACGAAGUUCGCGUGACACGGCUGAAGAUUCCACUGAAACUUUUGCUCUGAGAGAGUUCCAGCAACAUGUAAUCUACAACAAUGUCUGUACACACACGCUCCAACCCGAGUCUCUCGCACAAUCUCUACAAGGAGACAACAAAAGGUUAUAUGAAUUUUGCACUAGUACCUGUACCGUAAACUUUGAACAGUUGACCCUGUCAAAUUUCAUUGUGAACUACACCGUGCACCUUUUGGACAAAGUUCUUAAAACAAUGAGUCCUUACCAUGGUCUUAGGUACGUCUCGUAUUCUCCAACCGGAAGUGUGCGGAAAGGAACGAAAGUUGGCACCGCGAACCAAAGUGACGUUUCUUUCCUGUUCCAGUGCUCAGACAUUGUGCUGUCGUCUGCCAUCAACAAUAGAACCAACUCUGACAUUCCGCCGGGAAAACUUGUAAUAAUUGCCAUUGACAACGAAAACCAUGAGGUUCCAUCCAAACUCCUAAAAACGUACAAAGACAAGAAAUGCAUUUCUCCACAAGAAUUUCUAAACGCCGCCUGUGAAUUGACCGAAAUUGCUCUUCAGAAACUGUACAAAGAGGGCAGGCCUAUGAUUGACCGUUUGCCGUUCAGAAUACAAAGAGCCUCCUCUCCGGGGCUUUACUUGUCGCUGGACACUAGAAAUGUGGUAGGUUUCCAUUGCUCCGACAUCAGAGUCCAACUCAUCCCCUCCCUGCUGCUGAGCACUAACAAGUCGAUAGACCCAGUCAACCUGUACGCCGUUCCCACGUGGUCAAACGUUGACGUUAAACGCAAGGUGGCGCCUCGAGAUCGCUACGCCACUCAGCCACUGCAAGCCACAUCACAUGACUUAUACUGGAGCAUGUCAUUUGGGGAGUUAGAGCAUUUCUUUUUUAGCAAGAUGGACCAGAAAUGUGCUUAUAGCGGAGUCCUUGGCUGUCAUAAGACAGUCAUCCAGAUUCUGAAGUUUCUGUUUGCACCGCAGUCCAGAAAGACUUUACUGAGCCGAGGUGAGGUGUCCUCCUACAUGAUAGAGACUGUAGUCAGUUAUAUGCUGGUGGAGAGUAGAGCCGAGCAGUGGACCAUGGACCAAAUCUCGGCCCGGGUCUCCGACGCCGUUCACUUUCUGAAGAGAGCUCUCCAAAAUGGCCGCCUCCCCAACUUCUACAUCAAUAACCCACAUCUGGCGGACGAGUCUGACUUUUUGAAACACGUGAAGUUCUUGUUUCCGGGGAGACAGGAGAAUUUGUUGGCGGACAGUAGCGAUGAUAUGGUCAGUAAGAUGCUGCAUUUCCUGGACAGCCGACUCACGGAAUACAACCUGAGCGACUGUAUCAAGUCGGAGUACUCCGAGGAUAUGUGGGAGUAUGAAUAUUUUGUGUACCUAUGAUGACGAUGCAGGGACUACUUUUUACUUAAUAUAUGUGAUACAAUCAAAAUAUUUAUUUUUUGCUGCAAUCGAUCUGACAUUUUUUGCGUUUUGCUUUUCUUGCCUCUGUGUUCGAAUUUGUAGCACUUUUUACUCAGAUUUGUUACGUUUUGCUCUGAUGUGCUAUUUCCGAGUCUUUUGUGUAGAUAAUAUUUACUGUUCAACUGAUAUUUUCAAAGCAAUUUCGUCAAUAUUCUUACAAAUACAUUUCAAUUAAAGAGCAUUGGACUGAUUUGCAAAUAUUGAAUAACUUGCUCUCAUUUUGAAGAAACAGGUUUUUCUCAGUAAUUUAGAGAAUCAACAUGCAUAAAAACCAUGCAGACAGGACUUGUUUAUGUGUUUGUGAUGUUUAUUUAUUUUCAUUUCAAUUUAUACAUGGGGUAUAUCAAGUUAACAUAAACCGAACUAAGUUCA